CAGAUGAAGGUCUUGCUUCUCGCGGGUUAUGAGACGACAUCCAUGGGCGCUGAUCGAGCUAUCACGACACCCCGAUGUUCAAAUCAGGCUCAGAGAGGAACUGCUUGCCUUUGGCCCUGAUCCGACAUAUGACCAAUUAAAGGCCAACCUCCCGUACCUGGAUGCGGUUGUGCAUGAAACCCUACGACUUCAUCCUCCAGUGCCAGAAUCCACUCGUCUUGCAGCAGCAGAUGACGUUAUUCCCUUGAGCGAACCUGUGCGCACGAUGUCUGGCAACAUGACAGAUAGUAUAUCUAUAGCGAAAGGGACAUUGAUCACGAUACCAAUCGGGGCAAUCAAUCGCUCUUCGACCAUCUGGGGACCUCACGCAAAGGAAUUCAAGCCUGACCGUUGGCUCACUGAAGACGGCAUCGGUGGGAAGGCCAAAGAAGUCCAAGGUCAUAGGCAUCUGCUGACAUUUAUUGAUGGCCCGAGGACGUGUCUUGGAAAAGAUUUUGCAAUCAUGGAGUUCAAGACGGUUUUAUCGGUUCUGGUGAAGAACUUCGUGUUUGAGAUGCGGGAUGGACCAGAUACCCCAGUCGAAGUUGCGAGGGGGCUUUUACCUCGUCCACGGGUGGUUGGAGAGGAUGGUACUGGAGUGCCUUUGAGAAUCCGUCGGUAUGAAUGA